UAUAAGUGUUAAACUGCAUUCCAUCGGUUGUGACUUUACGUAGUUCUAUAUGUGCUAAUCCAGUAGCUUGUGUUCGUAGUGUGAGAUAAACGUACUGGAGUUUGUGAAGUUUGUUUCCAGGUACUGCAACAUGGCUACUGCAUACAGAAGAGACGCCAAGGUGUCACCUCAGUGGUGGGGAGUUUCACCUGCCUUAGACCUGCAGAUGUACUGUCAUUCUAAUACAGUUCAGCCUGAUAAUUCAUCCAAUGACACCCAUGAGUUGAAUUUCCUGUUGAUUGGAGGAGGCGAUGGCCGUCACCUCCUCAAAACCAUUGGUCAAGCUCGUCGCUGGCCACGAAGAAAGCUUAAUUUUUACAUAAUAGAAAGUGAUCUGGAGCUUCUAGCACGGCAAAUGCUGUUUUUAACCCUGGUACUUGAAAAUCCAGAGAAAAUGGGCUUACAAGAGAAGACUGAGACCUUUGUGGAGCUAUUUGGAAACAGUUUAAUCCGUAGUCAGACUGCCACAUACCUGCAGGAAAAGUGUGAUCUCUUCAUUCGUUAUGUCACUGACCCAGAUUUCCAGCAGACUGUGAUGCCAUCGCUAAACCUGAAUGCCUUAAAGUACAAAGAAAGAGAUGAGCUGGAAAAUAUGUUUAAGUUCUGGCGAACGACCGAUCCCAAACUUUUUCCAAUUGAGAAUUUUUGGGAUCUAAGCAACAGGCAGUAUCUGGGCAGACGAUAUGACUCCAGGAAUGGUGCUUAUGACUGGGACCUCACCAUGAAGCUACAAGACCGAGGGGCUGGUGUAAUUCAUAGCAGAGAAUAUUGCAACUGGAGAGAAAAUGGAGUAGCAUUUAUGAAUCGGGAAGGAAACUAUGAUGUCCCCAAUAAAACCUUGGCAUCUCAAGUGACUGUGGUGCAAAAUGGUACAAAGGUGCAUACUAGAGGUUACUGGGGAGACAUAACUACUAGCCCUUACAUAGCCUUUGGAAUAGAAUCUGAAGAUAAGAGCUUGUUCAAAAAAGCCAAUGGUGUUCAUGUAAAGACUGCUCAAGAUAUCUCCUUGUACAACAUCACAGCUUUGUUCUAUGAAUUAAUCACUGGACAAAAAUAUUCUCUCCCUUCAACAUCUACAAAGUCAGAGGAAACUAAACUUUCCAAGCUUUCACCUGAGCAAUCUGACAGUAAAAGAAAAAUAACUGAAAGUAAUAACAGAGAAAUUACACCAGAAAACCAGAGCCAACCUACAAGAAAAAAUGAUUUCCUUCCUCUGAAUGAUGUGGAGAUACAUUUCCUACCACUUAGCUGGGUGAAUGAGCUUCAUCAUAAGAGUAAAUUCCUUAAACUCUUCAAUCUGAUAUAUUUCUCUUGCAGGACUGUUCACUUUCUGAAGCCACAAUUCAAGCAGAUCUCUGCAUAUAAAGCAACUCUUGUCUUGGAACUCACAAAGUUUGUGUUGGAUCUUCAAGCAGAAAAGGUAAAAAACUGUGUUUCUCUAGUCACAGAUUUAGCUAAAGAGUCAGGUUUUGCAGCCCGUGAAUCUAUCUACUGGAAGAGUAAUCAUGUGGCCUCCUUUGAACUCAUUGAUGACUUUGGAACAACACAAAAUGGACUAUGAAAUAGCAUCUAUACACUUUUGUUUUGUUGCACACUUGCUAAUACUGCUUAAUGCUGGGAUAUUAUGGAUUCCAAUAGUUUUUUUAGUAUAAGGUUUAAUUUAUAUUACUGUGUUUACUGAACAAUCCAAAUGCUCUUCCAAAAAUCAGGGCAAGAUGGAAUUCUCCGUCAGAAGCAAUCUAUUUUAUAUUUUGUUCAUACUUUUUCAACUUCCAUAUUUAUUUCUUUUUAUUACAGAACUAGUUUAUUGAUGACGUUUUUUUAGAUUAAUGUAUUUAUUUUUAAAUUUGAAAUGGUAUGUGAGUAUUUCUGAUAGGUCUCAAAUAAUGAUUCUUCUGUUGAGAUAUAUAUGGGAAGAAGAUAGUUCAUUAUUAUGAACUAUCUUCAUAUAUAAGAAGUUUAUUAUUACGUCAAUGAGAUAUGUUUAAGAAUGAAUGUCUUAUUGGUACAAACUUAUUACAGUUGUAUGGCUAAAACCUGUUAAUAUUGUUUACAGCUGAAUAAAAGUCAAUAGUAUUGUAAAGAA